GCGGCGCUACGCAUGCGUGUACUCUCUCCCAGCGAUCGAAGAUGCUUUGUUGGGGGAAAAGCGACUGUAAAAUGUUUGCUAUGACUUGUCACUGAUAUUUAUAACUGGACUGAUCCUAUUAACUGCUCAGGAACUUCAUAACCUCAUUCGUUAGCAAUGGACUGAUAGUUUUCAUGGGCAAAAUGUGUCGCUGAGAAAUAGUUUUCGCGUCAACAGGAAAGUUUUUUGCUCCGACGUAUCAAACAUACUAAGUAUUCGCUCUCGUAGCGGGGUUUUUUGUUUCGUUUAGGUAUUUGUGUUUCACUCACAAAUCGCUAUACAGGCAACGCGAUUGUACAGUUCGUUAAAUGUUUAUUUGAAGAUGUCGACAAAAGACGUCAUGAAGCGUGGAGACUGCCAUAUGAAGGAACUUUUGUACGAUAUGGUAAACAGAAACCAAGAGACGGAGAAUCGUGAAAAUAUAUCUUCUUCAUCAUCAUCUUCGUCGUCGUCCGAGUGUGGUUCGGAAAAAGACUUGGCAAUGAAUAAUAACACGACCACAGACGCUAGUCCAGGGUGUGAAAAGAAGUGUGAAAACCUCGUCAAUGGGCAGUGUGUUUCCCCUCCCUCCCCCACGGGGGAAAACAAAAACAGUGCGGUCUGCAUGGUGCGCAGCCCGAGGGCGGAAAACCAGGACACUACGAAAAUCUCGACGACUUCUUUCAGUGUGGCGGACAUUCUUGAUCCGGACAAAUUCAAAGGGAGAACGGUCUCGAAAAUGUGGCACCCUUACUCUAGAUGUUCACCUUUAUCUGAAGAAAGGAUUAGAGAUUUAGAAUCUCCGGAGGAUGACGAUCUAGCACGUGCCGGUAGCGACACGGACGAAAGCCUGUCGGCGGAAAACGACCACCACAAAGGCGACAAAGACGUCGACGACUUGAGCAAGCUGGACUCCUCCAUGGACGGCAGCAAGGGCGGCAAGCAGCGUCGCGCGAGGACGGCGUUCACGUACGAACAGCUGGUGGCGCUGGAGAACAAGUUCAAGACGACGCGCUACCUGUCGGUGUGCGAGCGACUCAACCUAGCGCUUUCCCUCAGCCUCACCGAAACGCAGAUCAAGAUCUGGUUCCAGAACCGGCGCACCAAGUGGAAGAAGCAGAACCCCGGGCUCGACGUCAACAGCCCCACAGUCCCGCUGAGCGCCGCCGAUUGUCCCUUCCCGUCACCCUACGCGUCCUCUAUAUUCUACGGGCAGCGUCUCCACCCGUACCUCACGCAAGACAGUAUGAUCGGCCAUCUUGGAAUGUUGAGGGCGCCAGGUGCGUUUGUUGGCCAAUCGCCCACUCUGUACUAUCCGUAUCUUAGCCAGACCACGUGACGAGUGGUUGCAUAAUGUGAUAAAAACACCACCAAACAUUAAGAGACUGCGUAUGAAAGACAUACAUUCGUUCACAAUGAUAAUUUCAAUGUGGUUCCAUAAGCUCCAGUGUCAAGCAAAGACGUCGGAAGCGGGUGAGCCAGAGGACAUUGCUCUCCCCAUCCCCAUCCACCUCAAACCAGCACUGAAGAUUAUAUAUUGCAACAUCCAGCUAUGUAGUUUGAUUUUGCGGUUUCAAAAUCAAUAAGAUCUAAACAGAAACCAGACCAAAUGACGUGUAGUUGUGUAGUUGAUCACGAACAGACAUUAGAUGCUGUGAAUGAAAACAUACACACAUUCGUUCACAGUGUUCGUUUCAAAGUGGUUCUAAAAACCUCCGGCUUGACUGACAAUUUUACAUCGCAGUUUCAAAAAUGUCAAAGCAGAACUGUAAUAGCGUUGUUAUUUUAGACAUAGUGCUAUGUACUUGUACAUGUCCAUUUUAACAAAAGUAUAGAAGCUGCGGACAUAUUUGCAAUUAAAGACUUAGAAAAAUGGUCAAAGACUACAGCAGAUUGCAACGAACUAAUUUUAUGUUUACUCUGUUCUAGCCUUCAAAAAGAGUUUCAACACGCGAAACCAGACGUUAACCAAUUGAAACAAAAAUAAAGGAUUUGUCAAACUGUAGACUGGAAUUGUGCCCCGUUGCAAUGACUUUACUCAAACCAAGAGCAUUUAGACUGUAUUGUAUAUAUUGUAUAUAGGUAUUCAUGCUGAAUAUAUUUAUUAAUUAAACAAAUUCAUGAACAUCAAA